AUGUCACAGCACCAACAAGAGCAAGACGAGCCAAAGGAACCGCGUCGCUGGGGCUCGUUUGAAUUCGAAAAGGACGGCCGAAAGACCACCCUACUCUUCAACAAGGAGGGUAACGAGGGCGAGAGUGGUGUCGGCGGAUAUGUCUGCGGCCGUGCUCUCGAGUGCGACCUGAUCUCUAACGGCACUUUUAUCAACGGCGUCAAGGUGGGUGUCAACCGGCGAGUCGAACUCAAGAACUUUGACCAGGUCACGUAUCUCGUGAAGGAGAAGGAUGGAGCCGGAACAGCCAGGAAGACAGCCUCAUGGGCAAAGAAAAAGGACCCCUACACGGAAUCGUUCAAGUUUACAUUCAUCGAGGGCGACCCAGCAGACACCUUAACGUUCGAAGGCCAGUACGAAAUGGGACCAAAGCUGGGAUCUGGAAACUUUGCGACCGUCUACCAGGCAACCAGCAGAAAUACAGGGGUUGUGUAUGCUGUCAAGGAGGUCAAGAAGAACGAGGCCUUCAACGCCAAGGUCGAGGCCAGUCUCGAGCGCGAAAUCGGGAUCCUUAUGAGUAUCGACCACCCUAAUCUCCUCAGGAUCCGUCAAGUCUUCAACGAAGAAAAGUUUUACUACGUCGUGACUGAGCUCGCUCCCGACGGCGAGCUGUUUGAUCAGAUCAUCGACAAGCAAAAGUUCACGGAGAGCGAGGCAAGGCACAUCUUCCGCCAGGUCUUGCAUGGAGUCAAGUACCUUCACGAUCGUGGUGUUGUACAUCGCGAUUUGAAGCCAGAGAACAUUCUGGUCAUGGACAAGGAAAAAAUGACGGUCAAGGUAUCUGACUUUGGACUUGCCAAGAUGAUCGGCGACCAAGAGUUCCACAACACUGUCUGCGGCACGCCAAGUUAUGUCGCUCCCGAGGUCAUCAGUCGUGGUGCAUAUGGCAAGGGGGUUGAUAUGUGGAGUUUAGGCGUCGUCUUGUACAUCUGCCUCUGCGGGUUCCCUCCCUUUAGCGACGAUCUCGCCCCACCAAACUUGAGGGCGCAAGUGUUGAACAGUAUGUACACAUUCCCCUCGCCGUACUGGGAUGACGUGAGCGAUGAGGCCGUCGAUUUGAUUCAGGUCUUGCUUGCGCAGAACACCGAGGACCGACACACCGUUGAUGAGGCCCUGCAGCACGUCUGGAUGACAAUGGAGGAUGACGAUGCAACGAUAACCGACAAGAAUCGCGCUGAGCCAAGCGAUCAUUUCCAGCGUUUGUUCCAUCGCGUGAUGACAGUGCGAGCCGAUAGGGCUGCCCAGCGCGGUGUUCGCACAGGAUUCUCCCAGUCCCAACCCUUGAGCCAAAACAUUCAGGACCUACCCGAAGACGAGGACGAGAAGCUGCCCGAAUCACCUGAGGUUGACGAGGACGAGUCUUCAUUACAGGUGGAAAGGGGCGACACGGUACAGUCGGUUGAGAUGACCCACGGAUCUGGGAUUGGUAUCUUUUCUCAGGAGGGUAUGGUUCGUGUUGGUCGUUUGGAUACGGACAGUGAUGGAGAGCUUGGAGGAGGAGGCAAGGGCAUGGAUGACGAGGGAAGUUCAAUUUACCACUCUUUCCAGCCGACCGUCUCCGACCUUUGCUCGACAGAUGCAGUGACAGGAAAUGACACCGACCAGUCCUUUAUGAGUGUCCAGGAGAGCAUGGACACCACGAGCAACAACAAGUCUUCACCCAAAGAUGCCCUUGCCCCUGGAGCUAAGGCAGUUGCAACAGCAGCGGCGAGCGAUGACGCAGUGGCGGCCACCGCGAUUUCCGGCAACUCGCGGGAUACCCGAUCGGACAACGACUCUGACGACGAUGCGCACUUGAGCAAGAAGGCAAGGACCAAGGCGUAA